AUGGAUCGUAGUCAUCACCAUAAAGAAAAGACGGCUCAUACACAAAGUUUACGUUCAGAUUAUCAUUAUCUCAUGGCUGAAAUGAAAGCUCAAAAUUACGAUGUGAUAAAGUUUGCCACAUACCGUACAGCUUCAAAACUCAGAUUUAUUCAGAAGAAAACUAACAUGAAUUUGCUUGAUAUUUGGAAUAUCAUUGAAGCUUUUCGGGAAAAUGGAUUGAAUGCUCUAGAUUCACGUUUAGAACUAACUAUUGCCAGAUUAGAAACCCUUGUUCGGUCAAUAUAUUCUCAACUAAACAAAAGGUUGCCUGUAUCACAGCAGAUUGAUGUGGAUUAUAGUAGUUCAGUACUUGUAAAUUGGCUGCUUGCAACAUAUGAUCAGGAAGAUACUGGCAAAGUUCGAGUGUUCUCAAUAAAAAUUGCUCUUGCUAUUAUUUGUGCUGGCAAAAUUACAGAUAAACUUAGGUAUAUAUUUUCUUUAAUAUCUGAUGUCAAUGGAAAUUUAGUCUUCAGCAAAUUUGUAGACUUCUUGAAAGAAGCGAUGGGAUUGCCUUGUUCUGUAUAUGAGUCACCUUCGUUCUUUUUCACAGAUAGUUUGCCUCGAACAAUAUUUGAUGGGCAAUCUACUGUGACAGUGAACGACUUCUUAGAUGUUUUGUUAUCUGAUCCUGGUCCUCAAUGCCUUAUGUGGUUUCCUCUAAUACAUCGUAUGGCUAGUGUUGAAAAUGUGUUGCAUAAUGUGCAGUGUGAAGGCUGCAAUAAGGAUUCUUUCACUGGUUUCCGCUACAAAUGCCAAAGGUGUUACAAUUAUCAACUAUGUCAAGAUUGUUUUUGGCGAUGCAGAGUUUCUGGUAACCAUACGAAUCAGCAUGAAAUGAAAGAAUAUACAAGUUAUAAAACCCCUAGUAAACAGCUAGGACAUUCUUUGAAAAAAUCAAUUCUUUGUGUUCCUGACAAGCCAGCACAUUUAGAAUCCCAUUAUCAUGAUGAGCCUGUUAGAAAUACCAAUCCUGCUUUUGAUAUCACCCACCGAAGGUCCAGUAGUGAUUUUUACCCUAGAGACGAAGAACAUUCAUUGAUAUCCCAGUAUAGUAAUCACCUUUAUGCCAACAGAAAGGGGAGAUAUUCAUCUGAGCUUAAUUUGCCUUCUGAUACUGCUAGACAGAGAGAGUUAAUUGCUAAACUAGAAGCAAAGAACAGGGAAAUAAUGCGUGAAAUUAUUCGAUUACGCAAACAACAAGAAGAAGAAGAUGAAGCUCUUAGGUCAGAAAGAAAUCCGACCUUACUUGCUGAAUUGCGUGCCCUGCGUCUAAGAAAAGCUGAUCUAGAGCGUCAUCUAUCGAGCUUGCAGGAGAGUCGACGAGAUCUUGUGUUACAACUAGACGUGCUUAUGAGGAUGUUAAAGGACCAUUCGCCAUUGUCAUCUCCAAACAGUUCUCCCCAUUCGCUAAUAUCUAGGUAUUCCCCAGUGCAUUUAUAUCCGCUUUCUUCCGUGAGUGCCCCUGCUACCCCUGGCAGUGGAUGCCCCUACACGGAUCCUUUGUUGGGAUUGGGUGGUGAUGUGCGGUUAGCUUUUGGACCAGCAGCCAGCUCGAGAAGUCUCCAGAAUGAUCUGCUUGUUGCCGCAGAUUCCGUUACUAACGCAAUGUCGUCAUUGGUCAAAGAGCUCAACCUAGGUGAAGGAGAUGACAUUUAUGCUCGGCGGCACACAGUUUGUGUACCAACGAUGGGACCACAGUAUGAUUAUUCGUUUGAAAAUGAGUCUUGGCACAAUGUGGCAAAUGGACCAGAGUACCGUAGUGGAUACCAAAAAUCUUACUUGUUGGAUCCUGGCAAUGACAUCUACAGAGAUGGCAGAGAAAUAUAUCCUGGAGAAGGACCCUUAUUAGAAGAUAGUUUCUUGCGUUCUGACGAAGAAGAUAACUGGGAAGAUGGAACCAGACGUUGGUCAGACUCUGCAGGUACUGGCAGAGUUGUGGACUUGAAAAUGACCGACUUCGACUCCAGGAAUUUAUGA